AUAAACAAAGCAAACCUAUACCACGUAGUAACGCAUUUAUAAGUUUUAGCUGAAGAAAAAAACGUCUCAAAACCAUCAUAAGAUAUUGCAAAUAAUAAAUGAGAUUAGUUUAGAGACAAAUAGAGUGCUGUUACGUGUUAUCAUGAGUAUUGGGCGAAGAAUAAAUUUUUAUGAAAUAAAAACCCGAAUCGAAUCGGUAGAAUUCAGAAUUUGAAAACGAAAUUCGAAUAAUACGCUGUUUCCCUCUCUGGCCGAGGAGCAUUCUGGGAGUUCAUUUGCGAUUAACUGCUGCUGCCGUCGCGGGCAGCAAACGAACGUAAAACCUAACCUCAAAUCGAUGUACUCAAAUAUAGCGGUUAGAAUUACAUUUUAGUGUCGUGUCGGAGUUGAUUUUUAUUCGAAAGAGACUUGUUAGACGAAUUUUUGUAUCUAAAAGUUGAUUCAUUUUGUGAAAAUCUACAAGUCAGUUCCGCUCUGCAUCGUUGAAACGUUCAUUCAACACUUCAAAACAUUCGACAAGCCUUUCGAUAAACAUUGUCCCGACAAUUGUGCAUUGUUUCUUCAACAAAAAUGAACUCACUGCCCUUGUAAUUGCGCAAUGCUGAUGUUAUGAUGCACCAGAAUGCAGUAUAUCACUGCAUUCGUACUGAUCCUUUUGUGGACGGUGAAAAAGCUACAAUGUUCAGACCGGAUGAACAAUACAGCGGGACACAUAGUGAAGCUGGUUGUAUCGCCGAAACCAAUCGAAGGUGUGGGAAUCAGGCCGAUUAUUCUUAAGAAAGAAUCUCAAUCUUUGAAUUUGACGUGUCAAAUUGUUUAUCAAAAAACGGAGAGAAAUGACAUUCCAUUACCGUAUGAAGAUCCACUGCCAACUUACAUCGUUGACUGGAAAGCUUUGAAUUCCAAUGAUAAUCGGUUCAAACGUGGUCAGAAUGAGAACAGCGCUUGGCUCUGGUUUGAGAAGCUCGCGGAAGCAGAUGCUGGAGAUUACAGCUGCCAUGCCAUUUCGUUGAACGCGUCUAGACAGCCUAAGGUGUCUGCCGAGAUUCAUUUGUCUGUCAAAAACCAAGUUGGAACAUGCGGAUCAAACUGGUUCAGAUGCUACUCAUCCCGCUGCAUCAACCGGCGAUAUCUGUGCGAUGGCAUGGCCGACUGCGGGGAUGGAGAGGACGAAACAGCCGUUGCUGGCUGUGGGCCGGAUCCAUGUGCCGGAAAGAUACCUUGCGGGGAACGUUGUUUACCUCGUGCUUGGUGCUGCGAUCUUGGUAACUGUAAUGCAAGCUUGCCAAUUGUUCGUCCCGAUCCACCUGGAAUUAUUUCUACCGACCAGCAGCGGUUCAAUGAUAUGGGAUUUCUGCAAACUACUAUCUACACUGUCAUUGGUUGCGCAAUGGCAUUCAUGUUCAUCGUUACAAUACUAGUUAUAAUGAUAUGUAGAGUUCAUAUGAAACGUGCCAUGAAUUCGAGAUGUCCGCAACAAGUGAGAAAUCCAGGGUCGCGACCACGCCAUAGCGUCCCAUUGUAUGAUCUUGAUGUGUACUUAAAUAGAACUGCGGAUAUUAAUAACCAAGGAGGGGUCACAGUAACUUAUAACAUCAAUAAUGGAGUUCAAUUUGUUGGAAGGCCUGUAGAGCCACCACCAUAUUCUGAAAUUGCACCCGUUCCCCCGAGGGAAGGCCCUCCACCCCCAUAUGUGUCCCGCGAAAAUCUGCUUGACUCUCCGAUCGUGUCAAACUUGAAUUCCAAUGAAGUCCAGCAAGCGAACAGUCAUAGUUUAACUACGGAAUUUAUUAACAACGAAGGUACGGGAUCUCGGAUUGCUUGUAAUUAUCAGAACAAUCUUAACUCGGCAAGUGUUAAUUGUUUUUCGAGUGGUCAGAUACCAGGGCCCCAAACUACACCGGGUUUCAAUCGUUUCAACAUGAGUUUAAUAUGUGAUAAUACGUCGAACACGACAUUAAAUACUUCUACUAGUACAGCUCUUAAUACUAGCAGCAAUUCGGACUCUAGUAGUAAUGAUUCUGUCGGGAAUUUUGCCAUCUGCAGAAACAUAACGUCACAUUCGCAAAAUUUCGAGCCGGAGUAUACAGAAACAGAUUCACUCUUGACAGAAAAUCGUCGCGAUGUUCAGACCCAGUGUGCAGAUCGUAUUGUCCGAAGUUCUGAUUACCCUUGUACAGUUUUGAACGGCCAAAUAACUAAUGGAAUUCAAGAUACGGUUGGAGUUUUAAAGAACACCACGAGUGCAGAGGUUCCUGCAUUGUUAUCCGAUAAUCACAGUGGUCAAACUCCUAAAGAAACACUGAACGAUGUCAGUAAUAACUUUGAUUCGAAAAUGAGUACAAAUUUUCCUGUCAACAAACGGUAUGAAUCACAAAUAUUGAAAAACUUGGAAGCAGAAUCUUCUUUCUUAGACUCGGAAUUCAAAAUCUCAUGUUCUGGUGAAACUAGGAUAAAUAAGAAUGAUAAUUCGGUUCAGAAGUCAAUUCCAGUUGGGAUAAAUUCGUUGAGCAAUCAAGACAUGGAUUCUACCUUGCAGAGACUUAGCUCCAAAACAGUUUUGGACCUGAGCUUACUAGGUGAGUCGUCGAAAAAUAAUUUGUCAAGAAAUAAUAGCGAAACUGCGAGAUCCUUGCCAUUUCAUUUAAAUUUCAACAACCCGGUGCGCGGUUAUGUAGAAUCUGACAGAGAUUUAGGCGGAUAUAACUCGAGUCUAGUAAUUGCAAAUGGAGAUCCAAUCAAAACACACCGUAUAUUAGAAACGAAUAAUCUUUCGUCUACAAAUGACUCUGUGAAGUCCUCCUCCAGAAUGAGUACAAUUAGGAAAGAUUUAAGCGAUCGUGUAUCAAACGUGUCUUUGAGUCGGGAAAACCUCGCUACAUGCACAGAGGACUCACCGACUAAUGCUGAUGAAAGUAUGGAACGUUUUCCUGGAUAUUUGAAUAUAAAAGACGACCAAAUGCUGAGGGUGCCUUUAGUAGCUACUGAAGAUAGCUUGGUGAAUUACAAUAAUUUCACUGCCAGUCUGACCACGAGUGAUAUACUGGAAGAUGGCAAACAGACUAUUCAAUCUGAAGGCAGUAUGCCGAUAAGAGAAACUGAACCGUUGGUAAUGCCUUUGCGUGAGUCGUUUAUUGGCGUUCGAAAAGAAGAAUGAAAAUAUUUUUAAUAACAACUAUACGAAAACGAUUUUACAAGGCCUCGAUGAGGUGAAAUUUUAGUGCACAGCACAUUUGAAUUCAAGAAAGUGUUCUUAUAUCGAUGACGCGACAGUGACCCGUGUUUUUUUGGUUUGUCGAAUACAUUUCUACUGUUGAUUGUAAAAAUAAGAUGGCAGCAGCUAAUCAAAGUUGAUGUAGAAAAUAGACUCAUGUACAAGCUUAAACGCAGGCGGUUUUUCAUUUACUAGAAGACUAAGGUGAUAAUCUAUUACACUUGGCAGCAUAGAAUACAUAUUGCACUUGUAAUCAGUAAAGCUCUUAUACCUCGGCUCACUGUUGCAAGAGUAUUAGUGCAGUAGUGACGGCAGUUAACUCAGCUUUAAGGAGAAACAAAAAAUUAACUCAAUUAAAAAACGAAGUCAGUCUUCCCAAUUCAAGUUUCGCCAAUCCUAAACUAUUAUCAAUUAUUCGUUUCUUUAAUUUUUUUUCCCCGCCCACAUUUUAUGCGAAUAUUUUUACGAAGUAUGAAGAGUAUUUACGAAGUAUUAUAGGACAGGAUCAUUUCAUACGAAAUUGUGCAAUCGAUUCACGCUCAUAUCUCCGAAGUGGCUAAU